AGCGUGGGCUGCGACUCUCGCGGAUCCGGUUCCGCCCUCCGUCUCGCAGCCCACCCUACCGAAAGAGCGCCCGAGAUCCCUUUCCCAGAGUGCUCUGCGCCGUGAAGAAGCGGCUCCCAGGGACUGGGGGCAUUUUGUGUUGGCUGGAGCUGGAGUAACAAGAUGGCGGCAUCGGCGGAGUGACGGGGGUCCCUCCGGGCCGGAGCCGGCGGCAGUGGUGGCAGCGGUCGCGCCGCCCUAACUCCCGGCGCCCCUCUCCCAGCCCGCAACGUCGCCGCGGACGCGAGACAGCGGCGGCCGCCCGCAAAGCCACUGGCCGAGCUUCGGCAGCCGCGACCACCCCUCACGAACUGCGGCCUGGCCCUCAGCGAGCGGCGGCGGCGGCGAUCCGGUUCCUCGCAGCCGACUCCGGCGCCCUGUAACGCCAACAAAGCGUCGCUUCUCGGUGGCCUGCCGCGCUCCGCCGUUCUGCCGGGGGGAACAGCCUCGGAGGCCUCCAUCCUCUUCCCAGAGGUGUCGGGGCUCGACCCCCGCCUCCAUCUUCGCGUCUCAGGAUGGCGAGCAGCAGCGGCUCUAAGGCCGAAUUUAUCGUCGGGGGGAAAUACAAACUGGUGCGGAAGAUCGGAUCGGGCUCCUUCGGGGACAUUUAUCUGGCGAUCAACAUCACCAAUGGCGAGGAAGUGGCGGUGAAGCUAGAAUCCCAGAAGGCCAGGCAUCCCCAGUUGCUGUACGAGAGCAAACUGUAUAAGAUUCUUCAAGGUGGGGUUGGCAUCCCUCACAUACGGUGGUAUGGACAAGAAAAAGACUAUAAUGUGCUAGUCAUGGAUCUUCUGGGGCCCAGCCUUGAAGAUCUCUUCAAUUUCUGUUCAAGAAGGUUCACUAUGAAGACUGUUCUUAUGUUAGCUGACCAGAUGAUCAGUAGAAUUGAAUAUGUGCAUACAAAGAAUUUUAUACACAGAGACAUUAAACCAGAUAACUUCCUAAUGGGUAUUGGGCGUCACUGUAAUAAGUGUUUAGAAUCUCCAGUGGGGAAGAGGAAAAGAAGCAUGACUGUUAGUCCUUCUCAGGACCCAUCUUUCUCAGGAUUAAACCAGUUAUUCCUUAUUGAUUUUGGUUUGGCCAAAAAGUACAGAGACAACAGGACAAGGCAACACAUACCAUACAGAGAAGAUAAAAACCUCACUGGCACUGCCCGAUACGCUAGCAUCAAUGCACAUCUUGGUAUUGAGCAGAGUCGCCGAGAUGACAUGGAAUCUUUAGGAUAUGUUUUGAUGUACUUCAAUAGAACCAGUCUUCCCUGGCAAGGGCUAAAGGCUGCAACAAAGAAACAAAAAUAUGAAAAGAUUAGUGAAAAGAAGAUGUCCACUCCUGUUGAAGUUUUGUGUAAGGGAUUUCCUGCAGAAUUUGCCAUGUACUUAAAUUACUGUCGUGGACUGCGCUUUGAGGAAGCUCCGGAUUAUAUGUAUCUGAGGCAGCUAUUCCGCAUCCUCUUCAGGACGCUGAACCACCAGUACGAUUACACGUUUGACUGGACCAUGCUCAAGCAGAAAGCAGCACAGCAGGCAGCCUCCUCCAGUGGGCAGGGCCAGCAGGCCCAAACCCCCACAGGCAAGCAAACUGACAAAACCAAGAGUAACAUGAAAGGUUUCUAGGCAUGAAUUGAGGAAGAGAAGCAGCAGAGCAGAUGAUUGGAGCGGCAUUUGUUUCUCCCCAAACCAGACAUUUUAGUUCAUAUGUACACUAGCCAGUGGUUGUGGACAACCAUUUACUUGGUGUAAAGAACUUAAUUUCAGUGUAAACUGGCCUAGGCAGCAUUGCUGAUGCUGGCCCUGAGCUGUAACCGCUGUAAUUGUGAAUAUUAACUGAGGUAGUGAAACAUGGUGUCCGGUUUUCUAUUGCUUUUUUUUUUUUUUUUUUAAAGUGGAAAAGUUUAACUAAAUGGUUGACACACGAAUUGGUGGAGAAAUUGUGCAUAUGCCAAUUUUUUGUUAAAACCUUUUUAUUUUGAACUAUACUUCUUUGAGAUCUCAUUUCAGGAGAACGGCAUGAACAGUCUUCAGCCACAGUUGUGAUGGUUGUAAAUGUUCACAAUUGUGUGUUCUUAGGGUUUUUCAUCCCUGGGGUUUGCAAGUUGUUAACUUAAAACAUUCUUUAAAUGGUUGGCUUCUUGUUUGCAAGCCAGCUGAUACGGUAGCAACCAAAGAUUCCAGUGUUUGAGCAUUUGAAAGACUCUGCCUGCUUACCUGUGCUAGAAAUAACAGCAUCUAAAGUGAAGACUUAAGAAAAAAACAUAGCGACUACUAGAUUAUCUUUAGGACUCUGCAUUAACUCUAUAAUGUUCUUGCUAUUAAAAACGCAUUUGUCACAGAAAUUUAGUUACCGUCUUACAACUGAACAUGUAUGUGUGUUGCUUAGAUAAAUGUAAUCACUGUAAACAUCUAUAUGACCUGGGAUUUUGUUUUUAUUUUGAAAUGGGAGCUUUUUGUUUACAAGUUCAUUAAAAACUAAAAACUGUUUCUGUAA